UAGUAUGAAGGAGGUACCUGGAGAAGGUGAUAAGUUUGAUUUUGAGUCUGGUAAAGCCUUUAUGAAUGUUUUUAAUAAUGUUCCAGUAGCUGAAAAUUUAGAAGCAAAGGGAUAUAAUGAUCGACAUUCACCGUGUGAUGUUGAAUAUGUUCAACUAGCUAGGCAAGUAGCACUUAAAAGGGUUUAUGUUGUUAGGGUAGCUGAUAAGGAUGGAUAG